AGAGUAUUUUGCAAUAUGUUGCACGAAAAUCUACUGAAACAUGCAGGUUUGGUCGCUAUUUUCUUUACCGGAGAAGGUCCGAAAAAUGUGGACCGUGCUGCUGCCCGACCAGGCUACUUGUAAUGUUAACCAGGUGUCAGUGGGUCAAGGGCGUACGCCCACUGUAAAAAAAGGAAUAUCCGGCCUAGUGCCUCGUGCCGUCAUGAAGCGCAGGGUGGGUGUGGGGUAAUGGUAGAAAAGAGUUUCUAAGGAAAGAGAAGUGAAGGGUUGUAUAUAUUGCUCGGAAAAAAUCGCGCACAUACUGUUGCAUGCACAAUAAAUGGGUGGGGAAACAAUUGCUAACCAGAAGGGUAUCAUCCAAGGUCAGUCAGAUACAGAGCUUUCAGAUGUUGGUUUGAAGCAGGCCCAGUUAGCAGCCUCCAGGUUGCAGUAUGAACCUUUCACGCAUGUCUUCUCCAGUGACCUUUCUAGAGCAAGACAGACUGCCCAAAUCAUUGUGGAAGGCAGCAAAGCUUGCAAAUGUCCCAUCAGCCAAGAUGCUAGGCUGAGAGAAAGGAAAUUUGGCAUCAUGGAAGGAAAGUGUGUGAAGGAACACAAGGAGAUGGCCCAGAAAGCAGGAAAGACUGUGGUGACAUACACACCGCUAGGGGCAGAAACCACAGAACAGGUUCGACAGCGAGUGAUAUUAUUCUUCCAAGAACUUUGCCAGUUGAUACAGCGAGAGUCCCAGGAUGAGGAGCCAAUGGUGGGCCAGCCUUGUACCAUAAAGCGGCGGCGUUACGGCAGCACAGCCUAUGGUGCUAAUAGUCCCGAGGGGAGUGUUUUCCCGUCAGACUUCCCGUAUGAAGCUGAACAACACUCUACACUCACCCAGCAGACUCAAAACAAAGGCAGCAACAAACCCAUACCUAACUGUGAUUCUCAGAUUGAUCUGGUUAUGACUAAAGGAAGCACAUCCAGUACUACAUCUGGGUGCUCCAGUAUGACAGACAAUGAGGUACAAGCUGCAGAAAUCAGUGCAAAUGGUCCUGACCUUGACCCCCAGCAGCCAGGGAGGUCAGGGUCACCAGUGUUCCAGCAUUCAACCUGUGAUGAUGCGGAUAUUAAAGCACUAGUUACCAGCAGUAGUAAUGCAGAAGCCCAGCAGCAUUAUGUCUGCCCCAAUGUGUCCUUGUCACCCCUCGUAGAGCAUAGACUGGAAAGGAUAUCUAGCAUCAGCUCAGGCAGAAAUAGUUUUGAUGAUGGUGACGUCAUCCCACCCAUUGUUGCUAAUGUUCUCAUAGCUUCUCAUGGAGGUUGCUUGAAGGAGCUCAUCCGCCAUUUUGUAGAUGAUCUAGAAUGUAAAGUAUUUGGAGGAAGAGGGCAUGCACUGAGGGUCUCUCCUAAUACUGGACUUUCUAGGUUCACUAUUACACUAUCAGAAUUCGAUGAUAAACCAAAGGUAACCUGCUUGCUUAUACAUGAUAAAGACCACCUAAAUGGCUAUGAACUAGACACAGAAACAGAAGGCAAUUUAUAAUGUCAUCUUUGACUGGGCCUUCUAUGCCCUUUGACUGAUGAAAGAAUUAGCAUAAGGAAUUUUGUGCAUGAUCAUGUCUGGUUACAGUAUGGGACUUGGAAAGGAAUUAGUUGCUAGAUUUUUGUUUGUUAUUGUUGUAGGUGUUUUGAUAAGAGUCCAGUUAAUCUAAAUUUGCUUGGCCAAGUAAAAUUGUCUUCUUUUUGACUAUAGCAAAUAUUUUUCACACCAGAAUAAAAUAUGGCAACCAUUGCUAUAUAGAUGUUAGUGAAUAGAAACAUAAGUUCAUUUACAAACAUGUUUUUAGUGUAUUAGAAAUAUUUGUAUGUUAUUCUGUUCAGCAAAAAUGUCUUAAGGCAAUGAGUAACAUCUAUUAACUAGCUAGAAUUAUGUUUUUAAAGGUAAUGUAGGAAAAAAGCCUC